ACUGCUUGCAAAACGGCACCGUUUCUUAAAACAUGCACAAGCUGUGAUGGAGUGAAGGACACGGCCAAUUUGCUUGCUUGUGAUGCAGGCAAUCGAAUCCCAUUAUAUUGAAGAGUAGAAGCAUUUGUUUCGUGCUGGAAUCAGAAACCAAACUCUCUGAAGUUUUCUCCUCAAAUCAAAAACCCUUGAAUUGAAUUUUAUUAUCCUAUAAAUAUCUCUUUUUUCUCCUUCUGAUUGGGACUCUUUGUCCUUUUCCCGUUUAAUCACUCAAAUCAAUCAGCUUUUCAAUUCGUUUCUGGAACACAGAACACUAGUUGAUUUCGUGUUCGAGAGUCACCGUGCUGCGGGUUUCGCCAUGGCCAAAACAGCGUUCAAGCUCGAACAUCCAUUGGGUUUCUUUCCUGUCCCUUGGUUUUCCCCCCUUUAUUUUAUGGUUUUUGACAUCUCAGAAAGGAGGGUGGCUGAAGCUGCUCGAAUCAGAGAGAAAUAUCCAGAUAGAGUACCUGUGAUUGUGGAGAAGGCUGAAAGAAGUGACAUUCCUGACAUUGAUAAGAAGAAAUACCUUGUUCCAGCUGACUUAACUAUUGGUCAAUUUGUUUAUGUGGUGCGGAAAAGGAUUAAGCUUAGUGCCGAGAAGGCUAUAUUUGUCUUUGUGAAGAACACCCUACCUCCCACUGCUUCCUUGAUGUCUGCAAUCUACGAGGAAAACAAGGAUGAAGAUGGUUUUCUUUACAUGACUUACAGUGGAGAGAACACCUUUGGAUCCCUCUAAGAGCCUUGAUACCAGUAAAUAAAACUUGGAAGGUGUAAAUUCUUGGCUCUCUCUUCAAGCUAUCUCUUUCCUGCUUCUCGAGUGUAGUUUAGUUUGACCUUAAUUUGGAUUAAUUUAUGCUGUAAGCGAUUUGAACUUAUUUGGUAUAAUUACCAUGGAAUUGGUCAAUUGGUUAA